UGGAUGCACCUAGGAAGUCUGCGAAGGAGGCUAGCCCAUUCACUCCGUCUUCCGGUCAGUGACCCCUGACAGCUUAGAUUUAGCGAUAAGAGAUCCGUAGCCACCAUUUGACAACUUCCUGGGGACCAGCCAACUAACGUACGAAAACAUGUCGGAAACAGGCCGCCCUAUUUCUAGAUUCUACCGGUCUCUCACGACGGCUAUCAAGAAGGUGGUUCUCCUAGGAGACGCCGGAGUGGGGAAGUCGUCCCUCUUUGCUCGGUUCUGCGGCGAAGACUUCCCGAGGACAUGCACAACGGUGGUACAACUUCGAGCAAGCGAUAUCCGAGAGUUCCAAGUCGGGUACAACAACGUGCGGGUCUCCCUAUGGGACACAGCAGGGGUGGAGCGGAUGUUGUCUCUGACAGAGAACUAUUACCGCAAGGCCGUCGGUGUUCUUCUGGUGUAUGAUGUGACGGACAGGGAAACUUUUGAAAACUUGGAGUCAACAUGGGUCCCCAGUGUAACGUUACGGAAUAACAGAGUAAAGGCAUUUAUUGUUGGAAACAAAACGGAUCUCAUCCCAGAUUCAGCAGACAUAGUUUCUGAAGAGGAAGUACAAAUGUACACCAGAACAUGUCCGCUGGACGUCGUAGGGACGUUCAGAGUCUCUGCCAAAACGUGCUCAGGAGUAGAGGAAAUGUUCACCAAACUUGCUGAAUCAAUACUAGAGGACAACAGCUUCGAGAGUGGUAUAAAACUGAGCGAGCCUUCAGCACAAGAUGGACAGAUUUCCCGACAAGGAACGUGUACUUGUAAAAUAUGACACAGAACAUUUGUUGCACACUUCUUACAAUAAGUGGUUUACAUUCUAUGUUGUUUGACCAUGGUGGUGUCCUAUUAUCUUAGAUUUAGAGUAGUGUAGAGUAUGUAGACUUAGCAGUAGUACUAGUAGUGCGUAGACUUCUUCAGGAAAAGUAGGAACGGCUAGUUCCAUUUAGGCUACUCUUCAGAGUCAAUGUACAAUUUGCCAAAGGAACGUUAUGAUGCUAUUUAUAUGGCUGUACAUGUAUAAGAAAGUGACCAUCAAUGUACCAAUAAUUUAAAGUUGUAUGUUGAUUUGAAUAAAGAUUGAUUUCUGUAGUUGAUGAUGUAAACGGA